GAGGGAUUUAAAAGUUGCUUAGACACAUCUGACAAAAAAAACUCUUAGCAGCUAUAUUUCAAGGCCGGCUGUUUUUUGUGGAUAGAUAUUUUGUGUGGUUUAUGUAUUGGCUUUUAUUUUAUUUACUUAUUUUUUUAAAUUUAUGUGACCAGAGUGACAUUUAGACAGACAGACAGACAGACAGAUAGAUAGACAGACAGACAGACAGACAGACAGAUAGACAGACAGAUAGACAGACAGAUAGACAGACAGACAGACAGAUGGACAGACAGACAGAUAGACAGACAGACAGAUAGACAGACAGAUAGACAGAAAGUCAGAUAGACAGACAGAUAGAUAGACAGAUAGACAGACAGACAGAUAGAUAGACAGACAGACAGAUAGACAGACAGAUAGAUAGACAGAUGGACAGACAGACAUAUAGACAGACAGAUAGACAGACAGAAAGUCAGAUAGACAGACAGAUAGAUAGACAGAUAGACAGACAGACAGACAGAUAGAUAGACAGACAGACAGAUAGACAGACAGAUAGAUAGACAGAUGGACAGACAGACAUAUAGACAGACAGAUAGACAGACAGAUAGACAGACAGAUAGACAGACAGACAGACAGACAGACAUCCUGUGUAGUCAUCAUAUUCCACAUGUCCAACAGUCAUGCAAAUGCUACCUUAUCACAUUUAUGUUUCAUGGCUGCUUCAACCGCUUUUAGGGAGACCAGACCAAACGAGAGUCCUUCAUCUCUUCCUAAAAACUCACCUUUUUUCUGUCCCUUGGCUUGGAAGUGAAGAGAGGUGUGGCUUCUGCUCUCCUGAGGCAGACUCUCCUUCUCUUUCUGUCCCGUUCACUUCUACUUCAGAGAGCCAAAUAAGAGGGCGCCGUGAGGGGGCAUCAUGGAUCCCAACCAGGCCAGUGGGAAUGACAGAGAGAAUGAAAAGGGGGAAAGAAAAGAGAAGGAUAAAGGAAUUAAAAGGAGAAACAGACUUUUCAUAAGGUACCUUGAAAGGAGGAAGACAGAUACUAUUGUGGAUGAUGACGCUUCUAAAGGUGACAUCAACAUCGGGACCUUGGUGAGAAGGACCCAAUCUGACAAGACAGAAUAUAGUGCUAAACUUAAAGAGAAAAUGUCCCCCCAUGAUCUCUCAUCACCAACCUCUCCAGCCAUGGAUCCAGAGGAGAUCCGCCACCGGAGGAUGAUAAAACGGUCAAAGGUCAUCGAGGAGCUGGUUAGGACAGAGGGAGAUUAUCAGAAGGACUUGGAGCUCUGCAUAAGGGAGGUUCUGCUUCCUCUAAGAGCAGCUCAGGUGGUGGAUGUGGAUCGACUGUUCACCAACAUUGAGUCUGUGCAUGAUGUCUCUGCUGAGCUGCUCCACAGGCUACAAGAAGCCAUAGCUGACCCUGACCCUGAAAAACAACAUAUAGGAGAAGUGUUCAUCCAAGUCAAAGCAGUUGUGGAGGAGGUAUACAAAAUUUACUGCUAUCAUCACGAUGAGGCUAAUGCUUUACUCAAGUCUUACGAGGGACAAGAGGACAUUCAGAUGCAUUUUAGGAGAUGUAUAUCAGCACUCAAGCAAAUAUAUGACCUGGAAGGGAAGCCUAAUUUGCUUGACAUGGGCUCUCUGAUCAUUAAACCAGUACAACGCGUCAUGAAAUACCCGCUGCUAUUGGCUGAGCUGUGGAAUGCCACGCCCACUAAUCACCCUGACAACAGGCCCUUACAGGAAGCUCUGACCACUGUAAAGAUCAUAAACAUCAACAUUAAUGAGUUUAAGAGGAGGAAAGACAUUGUGCUGAAGUAUAAGAGGAGCGAUGAUGAAACCUCACUGAUGGGCAAACUCAACAAGUUCAGCAUUCACUCUAUCCGGAAGAAAUCCGACCGCCUGACGAGCUAUUUCAAGAUCCUUACUGGCGUCGAGCCGCAGGUGAGAGACGAGGCGUUUGACAAGGAGGAAAAACUGUUCCGUAGUCUUGAGAAAGCUGUGAGACAGCUGGUGAAAAACAUUAGCUGUUACCUGCUCUACGCUCAGGAGAUGAUAUCCAUUGCCGUGCAGAAUGCACAGGACCUAGAAGCUAUUAUGAAGGAUCCAGACAAAAUAGACACAAAUGGCUAUCAGCAAAAGAGGAAUGGCAAUGACCCGUACAAACAAUUUAAAGAUCGUAUAGAACAUCUGGUUUUGGCUCCUCUAUCCGCCCUGCUGGGGAUGUUUACAUCACCACAGAAGCUGAUACAGAAGCGCUACGAUAAACUGCUGGACUAUUGCAGCCAGCUGGAUUCCCGAUCCUCUAAAGAGGAGCAGGGCCUGGUCCAAAAAGAUUACCAGGCCCUUAAUGCCCAACUGCUUGAAGAGCUGCGAUUUUUCAACCAAGCCGUCAGGAAGAUCCUCACCAACUGCUUAAUCUUUAUAGUGAAAUUAAUAAGAGAGCUGAUGGAUGGAGCCCGACCACCUGUUCACCAGUUACCGGUUCCUUUGUCAAACUUUAAUGAAGUGCAAAACUCCAUCAUGGAGGAGUUGAGUAACCUAGCGUUUGUCAAGGAAAACUCCCAAAAACUGAUGGAACGCAAAGUGAGUUUUGAGAAACGGGACAAGAAAAUGCCCCCAGAGAUCCCCAGACAGACAGAGGAGCACAGAGUCCGGCUGUUGGAAGAGUAUGCAGUGGACCGGCUAUAUCAGCUCAAGCGCAACUGCAAUGCCUGUCAGGAACAAGACAUCAGCCUACUGGAGGGGGAGCUGGUGGCCCGGUUGGAAGACAGAGACCCCACGGGCAGCAACAGCCGCUGGCUAGUAGACACUGGAAGUACGCAGGGCUAUGUGUACGCCUCAUUUCUGAAACCUUACAACCCCCAGCGAGAGGUGACUGAGAGGCCAGAUGACUUUGACAACCUGAGUCUGUUCGUGUCGGGCAGCAGGAGCAGCAGUACCCGCAGCUUCAGUCCGUACUGCACCUCUGACAGCAUGUCCCCUCUGUCUGAACCACAGGACGAGCAGGACACCGCAGAGGAACAGCACUUCUACGCAGUUUAUGCAUUCCAGGCACGCUGUGACCAAGAGCUGACGCUUCAAGAGUACCAGCCUGUUCGUAUCCUGGAGUUUUCAGAUCUGAGUGGUAAUAAAGACUGGUGGUUAGCUGAAGCCAAUGGACAAAAAGGCUACAUUCCAGCAAACUAUCUGGGAAAAAUGUCCUACGCCUAAAACAAAUUCAUUUCUAUGUCUCUUUUAAUACUUCCACCUCUGUGAAGUAUGAGUUAAUCCCUUAAUGAAGGCCAAUCCUGCACAAAUUACUUUUGCACUACAUAUUACGCUACCAACAGUGUUUGCUUGAUGAAUUAUAAUAAUUGUUAUCGUGACCUUGUUGUUAAUCAGAGAAAACGUAUUUUGUGAAUGCAGAUAGGAAUCAAACUAUUGUAUAUAGAAAUAUUAAUAUAUAUAUAUAUAUAUAUAUAUAUAAAAGCCUAUUCAAAUAAAUUAAUAAAAUAUUGAAAAUGAGUUUC